CCAAAGUUGUUUUGAUUUGUGUGGGCGCGCGCGGAAAAGAGGAACUGCGGAGUCGAAGGCAAAAGAGUUGAACAAAUUCCUCGCGUGUGAUCUUCUCGUGACGACGUGCAUCAAUGAAUAAGAGCAGAACAAAAGCCUGAUUAGCUGAUGCUGAUUAUCUUCUGAGCUGGUGUGGAGGCGUUCGGGCGCUUCAUGUCAACGGUGGCGCUCAAUUAUUGUUGCUGCGGAUUCUGAGACGACGAUCGAGGCGUUUGUCUUUCACUUUCGUUGCCACAAGUGCCGUACCACCCUGCCCCCACCACAGCAACAGUCCGUGGAGCACCAACAACGACGCACAUCCAAGGACAACCAGGUUAGGUUGUCCGCGGCUAGAAACGGCAAAAACUGCACAGGCACGAUGAUGCACAUGGCGUUCUGGUGGGGCUCGAACGUGGGCGAUGUGUUCUUUAGUGGAUUGACGGUUAAUGGAACCGGUGCGAUGGUGGCACUGUGCCUAACGCUGACCCUGCUCUCCGUGGCGUACGAAGCGUUUAAGAUCCAUGGGGCCAAGGUACGGGCGCGGACGGCACGGGAACGGGUCCGAGCGGCUUCGUGUCCUCCGAGUGAAAGUGCCACCUUGUUAUCGCUGGAAGGGGCCAGUAGUAGCCACGGCGCCGGACCAUCGCGGAUGGCGGGUGGAGGCCCUUUGUCGAAGAAGAUCGUCUUGUUGCUAUCCGAGGCGGUUGUCUUCCUCUGCCACAGUGUGCUCGGUUAUGCGCUCAUGCUGACGGUCAUGCUGUACAAUGGGUACCUGUUUGUGGCCGUCGUGGGCGGUAUGGGGCUCGGGUACUUCCUGUUCGGCCACCUGUCGAUGAAGGUGAACAUGGAGAACUUCCAGGCGCACCAGAACAAAGUGAUCUGUACCUCGCGCUGCCUUCAGCAAGCCGAAAGCUGCGCCAUGAGCCACUCUGCCCCCUGUCCUUCCUCUCGUACAUCUCGAAAUAACUAUCAAACUCUCCACUAAACGCCACGCCAGUACCAUUUAUGUCCACAUCCAAAUGCAAUGCACCCACCUUCAUCUCCUCGUUCAUCGUCCGCUGGCGGCCACGAUCGUUAACCAUCAUCGCCGUCUCUGUGUAUCGCACCGUGUUGCAAACGCUGUUGCUGCCUCAUUUCAGAAUCUGUUAAUCCCUCCGCAUCAACGAGCCUCGAUCAUCGUACGGUGCUGCACGAAGAUUCGACUGCACGGGCUUCCCCGGCAAGCUCCUCCUCCGGCGGUUCCGGCGUUCCGGCGAUGGCAGUUUGUCACUAGAAGGAAUCUUUCUCUUCCAGCUGCUUAGAAUAACGCACAAACAAAAACCAUCCACCGAGCUCCCGAUCAAAGGAACCCAUACCUGACGAACCGAUGCCGCCGCGGCCGCCAAAGUGAAGUUAAAACUGUGAUUCUAGGGAGAGACGUCCAAUCAUUCGCCAAACCCACAUUUUCGGUUUGUGUUUGGUUUUUUGCCCGCGGCUGCAGCCGAGUUGUGCCACAAUAUUGACAAUAUUCUAAACACUGAGUGCUAUCCACGUACCACGCGCUGUUUUAAUAGGCGUCCCUUUUGUCCAUACGCCCUUUGUUCCGUUUGUGAUAUUUUGUUUGUUUGACCGAUCGGUUUUGUUAGUUUUAUGGAAGAAGGGCAACAGAAAAAAAUGCGUCUUUUAUUGAUGAGAAAUGUUUAUGCGAUGCGAAAGAUAUAUAUAUACGUAUUGUUUCAAUAAAAACCCUAAAGCGAA